AUGAUUAAAGUGGUUGCUCAAGGCGUUGAAUAUGGGGUGGUGGUGCGUGAAAUCUCAAAUUGGGAGCUGGAUAUUAUGGAGGAGGGAGAAAUAGAGAAUUGUGAUAAGGUUGAUGAGGGGCAAGAGAAAUCUUUUAGCAUGGAUAAUACACCUAUUAAUGGUGUUAGAGGAGCUGGGUUUGUUGAUAGAAAAGGAAGAUUUUUUCAAACUACUAAUAAAAGAAAAGGUAAUGGAGUUGUGGAUGAGGGUCUUUCUCCGCCAAACAUUGCUGUCACGAGAGGUGUCGCCGAAAAUUAA